AUGUCGGGUUCCCCGGUGGCCACCGCUGACAACAGCACCCCGCGCCCCAAGAUUGCGAGACGAGGCCGAGGCCGUGGCGGUCGUGGCUCACACCGAGCACCUGCAUCAGCUACCCCUGAAACACAACCCGAACAGCAGUCCAGCGAAGCUUUGGCGACGAAUAGCAGAUCGAACGAACCGCGAGCUCCGCGAGGGCCCAGAGGGGGCAAACGAGGGGGGAGAGGUGGGGGAUCGUCACAGGAUAACAGUCGACGGCGGGGACGCGGACGGGGUGGCGAGGGAGCAGCCGUCGGGGCGGGUGGACGGAUCUUCGAAGGACGCUUGACAAGAGCCGAGCGGGCGUUCGACGAGGAGACCGCGGAGGGAACGGGGGAGGCGCAGGAACCGGAGUUGAGGGCUAAUGCGCCCGACUUUGUGCCUGGUGCGUCGGUGAGCGGAGAUGCAGUUGUAAUAUCGUCUGCUGCCUCAACGGUGGGGAAGGGAAAAUCGAAAAGCGCGCAGCAUCGACCGCCGAAGGUUACGACGAAAUCUACCGCGCCGGAUAUCGCCACUCGGAUACACGAAGAUAUCGCGCACAAUCUUUACGAAUGUCCCAUCUGUACGAGCGAGCUGGGGCGCAGGUCGAGGGUGUGGUCCUGCGGGCUAUGCUGGACAGUUUUCCAUUUGAGUUGUGUCAAGAAGUGGUCGAAGAACGAAGGCUCCGCGGCCCAGGAUGCUGCGCGUCGGUCGGCGGACGGGGCGUCGAGUGCUCCGCGUGCCUGGCGGUGUCCCGGAUGUAACCUCCCUCAUGAGAUUUUCCCUUCUUCGUAUACCUGUUGGAGGUGGACCCGCGUCCGCUACCUGGACUUCCUCCGCACUCCUGCGGGCAAACUUGCUCGCGGCCUCGUAAAGGUUGCCCACAUCCGUGCGAUGCGACUUGCCAUGCUGGACCGUGUGCUCCUUGCACUGCGAUGGGCCCGACGCAGGAUUGUUUUUGCGGAAGGAAUUCGUCGACAAAGCGUUGCCAGGACACUGAUUACGAGAAAGGAUGGAGUUGCGGCGAGAUAUGUGGAGAUCUGCUUCCCUGCGGCGAACACACCUGUACUCGGCCGUGCCACGAGGGGCUUUGUGGACUCCAAGGAGGAAGAGAAAGACAGUCAGCUAGCGCGGGACGAGGAUGGCACGAUCGAAGACUGGGUGGGCUGCUUUAGCUGCGGAGACCAGUGCAGCCGUCCCUUUGAUUGCGGCGUUCACUUUUGUGAGAAGGGCUGCCACCCCCAGGAUGCACAUCCCGCGCACUGUCCCAGGUCACCGGAUGUGGUAUCUCACUGCCCUUGCGGGAAGACCCUACUCGCAGAUACACCUAAUUUCUCGCCCCGAACGUCCUGUGAGGACCCGAUACCGAACUGCGCGGAAGCCUGCGGCAGGAUCCUGCCAUGCGGACAUUCCUGCGAUCAGGUCUGCCAUACUGGCCCUUGUGGCCCUUGUUUGCGCAAGGUGCCUGUUAACUGCCGCUGUGGCCGCACGACGGUAGUGACUGUGUGCCACCAAGGUACAACCGACGCUCCUUGGUGUUUCCGGAUCUGCAAAGCGGGACUGCAUUGUGGCCGACAUGCGUGCGCCGAGCGUUGCUGCCCGGGUGAGCAGAAGGCUAUUGAGCGUCAGGCUAUGCGGCGGAAGCUCAAGUCGCAUCUCCGUCCUAGCGACGAGGAUGUGGAAGCCGAACACAUCUGCACGCGGGUCUGUGGCCGUCCGCUGAAAUGCGGAAGACACACCUGCCCGGAGAUCUGCCACAAGGGACCUUGCAAUACCUGCCGGGAGGCGAUCUUUGAGGACAUCCCUUGCAACUGUGGCCGAACCGUCUUAUCACCGCCACUGCCCUGCGGAACCACACCUCCGGCUUGCUCGUUCCCUUGUGAACGCCCUAAGCCAUGUGGCCACCCUCAAACGGCUCAUAACUGUCAUACGGACGAGGAAGGUUGUCCGAAGUGCCCUUUCUUGACCGAGAAGAAAUGCCUUUGUGGCAAACGCGUUCUGAAGAACCAACCAUGCUGGCUGGCAGAGACACGAUGUGGCCAGGUGUGCGGAGAGCCGCUCAAAUGCGGUUCCCAUUUCUGCCAGAAGACAUGCCACCGGCCGGGUGAGUGCGAGGAUGCCUCGAAGCCCUGCCAGCAGCCCUGUGGGAAGACCAAAGCACUGUGUGGUCAUCCAUGUACGGACGCAUGUCACGCUCCGUACCAGUGUCCUGAGAAGACGCCCUGCGCGUCCACGGUCACGGCAACAUGUGGUUGCGGGCGACUGCGCCAGUCGCGACGCUGCAACGCGGCUGUGGCAUCGAAGGGACUACCGCAGCAGGCCCAGAAGGCCCCCACGUUGACUCCGUUGACAUGCGACGAUGAAUGCGCUCGCCUGGAGCGGAACCGCUCUCUGGCCUCGGCGCUGGGCGUCGAAAUCAACCCCUCCACCACCACCGCCGCCGCGGCCAACGUCUCUCUGAGCAACCUGCCGUAUUCGACCGAGACGUUAGACAUGUACAUCCAGCUCUCCUCCACCUCUCCGCUUUCGACUCUCCAGACCUACGAGUCAACCCUCCAUUCCCUCGCAACCAGCACCACCCAGCGCUCCGUCCGCUUCCAGCCCGCCAAGUCCUCCCUACGAGCCUACAUCCACUCCCUGGCCACAGACUGGGGCUUCGCCAGCGAAAGCUUCGACCCCGAACCGCAUCGCCACGUCUUCGUCCUGAAGCCCACGACGUGGACGGCGCCGCUUCUCGGCGUGGGGCCCGAAAACUCCAUCGGCAUCGGCGGCAAGAGCGUCGGCGAAUGCGUCAAGAUCCGCGAGCGCCAGCGCCUCAAGGAGCGCGAAGCGCAGCGCCUCGCCGCCGCAGAAGCCAAGGCGCUCAAGGACGCCGCGAAGGCGCAGCAGGCCGCGGACAGCGCCAACGGCGGGUGGGCGCAGGUUGCUGCCUCGCGCCGCACCAAUGGCGUGGGCGCGGCUCGCGCGGCACUCGCGGCGCCCGGUGCGAGCCCCUGGUCCGUAUCCAUGUAUGCAGCGCUCGCGGGGGAUAGCGGUGGCUGGGGUCCUCCGAAGAAGGAGAAGCUUGUUCUCCGGUCUGGCGUUGGAGCGGGGAAGAAGAGCGCGACGGCGCCGCCUGUGGCUAUGACUGAGGUUGCGGAUAGUUGGGAAGAGGAAGAAGAGAAGGAGGAGCAGGAGGAGGAGGCGCGAGAGCGCGAGCUACAGUCGGAGACGGCUGAAGGUAAAACUGAAACUGAAGUUGAAGCUGUGAUGACGGAUGGACUCUCUGCGGUGGAGACGACGGCCGAGCCCGCGUCUGAACCCGUAGUUGCCACGGAUUGA